CGGCAUUCGAAAUCCACCACCGAAGCGCCCAAUAAUCUUACCGCCUCCAUACUUGCUGAAAAAGCGUGUACAGUCUCAUAGUUUUCCGUUGUGAGGAAAAGUGUUUUUACCAUUGGAAAUGGAGGAAACUCAUCCUCUCACGGAGGAGCUCGCAGAAACCGAAACCGCUCAACAUCUCGACGACCACCGAAGCUCCACCGACCGUGGAGGCGCGCCAAACCGCACCAAGCAACACCAACGGAAUCCACUGGUCUCACGGAAGGUGAUAUUCCGCCUGCUUUGCCACGUCAGCACUGCCAGCGGUGUAAUAGGUUGCUCGGGUUGUGUAGUCAGGCGUCUCGUAAACCUAACGGGUUCGAGAAUUUUCUUCAAAGACGUCGUUCCCAACUGCCUUGAGCGCUUGAUCCACAUUCUGGGCGAUUCCACCGUGGAGAAGAAGAUAUUUGUGGGGAAAGAUGGAGAAGGAGGAGAUGGUGAACUUGUGGGUGUUUCUAAAGCCCAGGAGGGUUUGCUUAGGGUUUUCGAGAGGAUUCUGGAGUUGGAAGGGGAUGCUGGAGGAAAAGAUGAUGGCGAUGGUAGGAAUGGGCUCGUCGGGUGUCGGUUAUUGGCCUGGAAUGAUCAAAUCGGGGCCGUGAUUGGAAAUGAAGGGAAAAUCAUCGAGGGGAUACAGAAAAGGACCGGAGCAAAGAUUAAGGUUCUGCCGAGGGAGACAAAUCCUGAAUGUGCAGGCCAUAAAGACCAGCUGAUUCAGAUCAUGGGUGGUGUUGUGGCUGUAAAGAAAGCAUUGCUUGCUGUUUCGCGUCUUCUCCAGACCAAUGUUCUUGAGAAACGAGAUCCUGGAGUCAUGUCCUACCAUGGGCUGUGGCAUAAUGUACAUGCGGACUUGAGUCCAGAAAAUAGCCGUAAUACACCAUCCUUUCCUGGGAAUGCAGUUGAGCCUCAUUCUAUUGGCCAUUCUUUAUCGGCAGAAGUCGAGACCGUUCCUAAUCUAGAUGAAGAUAAUUCCCUGAGAAAGGUGGUUUUCAGAUUUUUAUGUUCUGAUGAAAUAGCUGGUUGGGUGAUUGGAAAGAGUGGACAUGCUGUUAAGUCUUUCCAAGAAGAAACUGGGGCUUCGAUACAGUUCACACCACCUUUGUCCGGGUCAAAGGAUCGUGUUGUCAUCAUCUCGGCAUUGGAGAGUCGGGAUCCACUGUACUCUGCUACACAAGUGGCUCUUGUUCGUGUUUUUGACAGAUACGUAGAGUCUGCCAUUGCCAAGGGGUUGAUUGUAAGAUCAGGGAGCACAAAUAUUAUUCCUGCUAGAAUUCUGGUCAAGUCGAGUCAAGUUAGUUGCUUGCUGGAAGGUGAAAGGAUUGUUUCAGGUAUAAAUGCUGCGUCGGGUGCUGAGAUACAAUUAAUGGGAGAAGAUUUAUUGCCCACGUGUGCUGGAGUCAAUGAUUGUCUGGUCCAGAUUACGGGCGACUCUGAGAGUGUUAAGGCAACUCUGUUUCGACUUGCUGGAAGACUAAGGGAAUAUUUCUUUUCUGAAGUGGGACCUGAAGAAGCAGAAAACUGCAGUCAUGAAUCACAUCAAACUUCUCCUAGAAAUUGCAGUCAUGAAUCACAUCAAACUUCUCCUAGCAACAGUCCUAUAGGUAACUUGCCAGCUACUUCAACUCAACUGGACCAACUAUCAGCACUUUCUUCUAGGGAUAAGCUGGAUCAAAUUGGAUUUGUACAGGCCGGUGGCCGAGAGAGUGACCCAGGAUUUGUAGAUAGUGUGACAACUUUUCCGAGUUGGCAUAAUCAUGAAAGUUUUGUUUUGGUUUUUACUUUACAAAAUCUUAAUGCUUUCUUGGCGGGCACAUUCAGACAGUUUUCCAGUGUUAUUGGCGAUGAGGAACCAGAAAGAAAGGUGGAGUUUGUGGUCCCAGAAGAAAAGCUUGGAUUUUUCUAUGGUGAUAAUGGAAGCAACAAUGCUUGCUUAAAAGAGAUAUCAGGUACAAGUGUUACCCUGCAAGAUCCUUCUCCUGGAGGAAGUUUCAGGAAGACAUGGCCAAAGGGUCACCCGGCCCUGACCCGGUCCGGACCCGGCCCGGUCAAACCCGUUGUCCACGGGUCCGGGACCGGCCCGGAUUUCAGAAGGGCCGUCACGGACCCGACUCGGACGGCACGGCCCGAACACGGACCCGGCACGAGUAUAUGUCCGUGCCGGUUCAGGAUUAGUGUUUUUGAGCCCGGCGACCCGGCGGGCCUUCUUUGCUUUUCCCACUUCCACACAACGCACAAAGGCGGGCUUGUUCUCAUCAGCAAUCACGACCCGGCCCGGGUUUUGUCCAUGUCUACCAUAUUCCAAUACGCAGUACGUUCUCUAUGCAUGACGAAUAAAUAA